AUGCGAUUACUGUUCCCAUUUUUGCUCACCGUCACUACCAUAUUCCUACGGUUAUGUGAGAGUCGGCAGCUUCAGGCUCGCGUCUGGAAGCGCUCGGAGCCGUACUACUUCGAAAAUGGGCGGAUAAAGAGUUCGAGGCGCCUCUACCGUCUCCACAGCCCGAAUAGCGGGCGUGUCCAGGCGGCCCGCACAUUUCAUCGUGGCCACCGAAAUAUACACGCGCCGUUCACGAAUGAGUCAACCCUUCUCGGGGCCUCCCCCUAUUCCGAGGAACGCCACAACCAGGACAAGUUACGCGAGAAUGAGAAAGUGAUCCGCGACUCACGGGACUACGCGCAUACGCUGGGGCGGACGACGAUGCGCGUUAAGUAUUUCCGCGAGAUGGACCCCACGACGACACCUGUGCCGCCAAAAAGGUCCGAGCGACCGCCGCCGCCGAAAACCGGGCAAAUUUUGAAUCAGACGACGAGUGGUGGUUCACAGCGUUCCCAGCAGCAGGUCGAGCCCUCUGCGAUGCCGGUGGAGAAGCUGAAAACUAAACCGGCCAUGCCAACAGCGGAUGUGGUUGCGCAGCCGGCUUUUAUUCAGCCACCACCAUCACAGACGUUCACGAUGCCACCUCCGGCCGCUCCUCAAUUCGCGCCGCUACCGUAUCAGCAACAGCAAUCCCAACUCUCACCAGCCGCCCCUCCGCCAUUCCCCAUGUUUGCCCAGCAACAACAAUUUGGAGCCCCGCCCCCCGGAGCCGGCCCUCAAUUCGGCGGUCCGCUCAACGGAUUUCAGGUCAGUUUCAUUACCCUGAUAGCCGAUCCGUACGUAGUA